UUGUAAUUGUUGUAGCCUUGUCUGCAGAAGGAUAUCAGGGUAGCCUGCAACCUCGCAUGCCUGAUGGCAUUUGCACCUCCCAAAAAUAUGGAAGGCCCCAAACUGCAAACCAAGAUGAGCACAUGGACACCUCUAAACCAUCAGCUUAUGAAUGACAAGGUAUUUGAAGAAAGAAGAGCCCUGCUUGGAAAAUGGUUUGACAAGUGGACAGACGGUCAGAGGCGGAGGAUCCUGAUAGACUUGUUAGAACGCUGCUCACUGUCGCAGCAGAAAUUCUGUGCCAAGCAGCUGCAGGACCGAGUUCCAGCGGAAGCCCUGGAUUUCACCACAAAGCUUCCCAGAGUCUUGUCUUUAUACAUCUUUUCUUUCCUGGACCCCAGGAGUCUCUGCCGAUGUGCACAGGUGAGCUGGCACUGGAAGUCCUUAACAGAAUUGGAUCAGCUCUGGAUGCUUAAGUGUCUGCGUUUUGGCUGGUACAUCAACUUCUCUCCAACCCCCUUUGAGCAGGGAAUCUGGAAGAAACACUAUAUUGAGAUGGUGAAGGAGCUUCACGUGACAAGGCCCAAGACCCCUCCAAAAGAUGAAUUUGUGGUCAUUGAUGUCCAGCCGAUCGCAAGAGAUGUCCCUGAGGGAAAACUGUCCCUUUCCUCGGUUCUCCGAUCAGCAUCCGUGCUCGGAAAAGACAAAGAGAAAAAAGAGCUUCCACCAUGGCGCUCCUCGGAUAAACAUCCAACUGACAUCGUCCGAUUCAACUACUUAGACAACUACGAUCCGAUCGAGCAAGUGAGGAGAAAGAAAGGAGGAGGACUAACCCCAGACCUCAGCCGGCAAGCAUUUGAGAAAAAAGGGAAAGCGAGCAGUGCGUCUUAUAAACUCCGGAAAGCAAAGUCUCUGCACUCUGCGGUGGAGUCACCAAGAACACAGGAGUGCAAAAACAAGAUGUCCCUAUCUGCAGGCCUUGGCCCUGGCCCCAAAAGAGCUGUUCGCCCUAGUUGGGCUACUCAUCAAUCAACAGGGUACCCUGUUACCAAAGCCACAGCGAAGAUCCUAGCUCAAAGUGCCCAGUGGAACGCUGGCAUACGACCGGCGCCUGUUCGAGCGCCUGUACCAAAGCUGAGUGAGAGAGGGAAGAAGGCCUUUACGAGGAUGAGCAGAAGUUCUCCAUCCUCCCCGCUGUUUGAAGCUCAGCCCUGGGAAUUUCCUCCAUCAGAGCAUGGAUCUGACGGGGAGUGAGGGAGUGGAGGGUCAGUGCAUUUCAUCCCAGCUCAUCUGCCCAGCAUUCGGAAGACGCCAGCCCUGUCCCGAGUCACAGAGAAGAAUGGCUGUUACUGACAUUUACCCUCCAGGCUCAAGGUCUCAUAGAUCCAGCCCCAUGUCUUUUUUUGAUCACUUGUCACAACUGGAGACUUUUUCCAUGGCACUCACUGUACAAUGCACGGUGACCCUGAGGGAGAUUUACUAAUAUAGAUCUGGGCUAAGCCAGUUUAGACCGAAGGGUCUUUACUAUGUGUAUGUAUUGCACAUGGCAAAGGGCCCUCACUAUGGGAUCUGGAGGUGCUACCAUAAUACAAAUAGGUCGUGCAAAACUGGGUGAGAUCAGAACCUGGAUCGGUAUCUUGUUGGCUAACUAGUCUCUUUUCAGUAUGUUUUCCUGUCUCUGCUGCUUUGGAUGCUGCGGCUUCAUUCUGCUUGUGUUCAGUGUACAUCUUCAGUACAGAGCUAACUGGCCAUUGGCCCUAGCCCAGGUACAAGGCACCACUGCCAAGCCCUGCCGGUCUUACUGUCUCCUCACUGGUGCUGAACUCCCAUGUGUGUCAAUAGGAUUUUGGAGGCACAUCCCGUGGUCUGUUAUGCUGCAGUGAACUGAGCUCUUCUAUGAUUCUUUCCCAGUGAAUUGUGAGAGAACUGAAUGUCUGUCCUGGACGCAGCGGGGGAUUGUGGGAAGGCACUGCAGCAUUACCAACACUGGAGUGAUUAAGGGUAGGUCUACACAGCAACAUUAUUUCGGAAUAACUUAGUCCACAUCUACACAGCAGGCAGUUAUUUCGAAAUAAUGUCGAAAUACUGUCAAGCUGGGGGACUGCUUAGUCCGACUCCUGAAACCCUCAUUGUACAAGGAGUAAGGGAAGUGGGAGUGUCAGGGGGUUCACGCCCCCAGUGCACCUCAGUGCCCCCUGACUGUCCUCAUAUAGCCCCUCUCAGGGCAAGUUACAGUCUGUAUGGGUUGCUCAUCAUAGGCAUCGGGGUUGUCUCAACUGCCCUGCUUACCUAGGCUGUAUCAAGGUCCGCCUCCAAACCAGGGCUUUGCCUCCUGCCCCUAGCCAGGGGAAUCUUGGCUAGCCCUCUUCCAGCUAUUGCUGGCUAUCCCCAGCUUGUCUCCCUCCAAGGAGCUCCUGCCUCCUCUGCAGUCAGCUCUCCACUGGCUCCCCCCCGCCCACCAGCAACCUGUGCUUCUCUAGAUAUACCUCCAAGCUGGGCUCACACUCGCCCUAAUGAUUACAGCUGGCUUCUACAAGCCACUAGUGCUGCCCUAGUUGCUUGCCAGCUGGGCUCUCCCUAGCCCCAAAUAGCUCCAGCUGGCCUCUUUCUUUCUAGCCCCGGCUCCGGGCCUGAGUCCUGGUCUUAAAGGGCCAGUGCAGGGCAGGCGCCCUGUCACAGGGAGGAAGAAUGCUCUCUUUCGAAAUAAGUGCUGUGUAGACGCUCCCGAUUUCGAAAUAAGCCACUGACAUAGCUCAAAUUGUAGUUUAUUUCGAGUGAAAGUGUAGUUUAUUUCGAGUGAAGCUCUGCUGUGUAGACACACGCUUAGCCUACAAAGUGAGUGGCUACUGCCUGACUGACUGUAGAGCCAAGGAGCUAACUCACCAAACCAGCUAGCCUGGGUUGAAACACAACUGAACUCGGGCAAGAUUUGCAUAUGGCUGGGGAGGGGGGUUAGGGCUAAAAGCCAGGGAAGAGCUCAAGUGAACUCUGCACUGAAGACAGAGCUUCUCAAAGGGUCGACAACAAAUGAUUUCAGGGAUGUGACUCCUGAUGUACCCCAGCAAGAGAGCAAAAUGAGACUCCAAACCUUGGCUAAAAGAGUUGCAUGAGGUUUUCCUUGUGGCGCUGGCACUAGCUUGGUGCAGAGAUGAAUCGGGCACGCCAUGCUUAUCUUUUCCAUGAUAUACGAGCCAGAGAGCAGACAACAAAACUGAAAGGCAGCAAAUUGAAGAUUGAUAAUGGGAUUUGUUUACAUGACAUGGAAUUAACCAGUGCAAGCUCUUUGUCACAAUUUAUCAGUGAGGAUAAGAGCUUACUAGGAUUCCAAACAGGACGAGACAUUUAGAUGGACAAUGGGAACAUCCACAGUAACUUUAGAUAGAAAGUAAAGCCUCAUGCUUCAGGGCAGAUGCCAGCUAUGAACUGAUGAGAGUUUAGAAUACACUUCCUAGAUGAGCAAGGUAAUUCUGCAGUUAUCCACUGCAGGGUUUCUUGUACCUUCCUCAGAAGAAUCUGAUACUGGCCACUGCCUGGGACAGGAUACUAGAUCAGAGCAAUCUCGUAGGAAUAAGAGAUCCUCCAGAAUAGGGCUAUAUUCCGGAGGAUCGCGCCAGUCUGGACGCUUUUCUCCGGCUUAUCUCCAAGCCGGAAAAAAGCGGCGGCCAUGAAAAUGCAAAUGCCG